UCAAGUGAGUCCACUUACCACUUUAAAAUUCUGGUUCCUGCAGUAGCCGCCGGCGCGAUCAUUGGCAAAGGGGGUGAGACCAUAGCCCAGGUGCAGAAAGACUGCGGUGCUCGUGUCAAAAUGUCGAAAUCGAACGACUUUUAUCCCGGUACAACCGAACGAGUGUGCCUCAUCACCGGCACGGUCGAGGGCAUUGUGAAAAUUCAUAACUUCAUCAUGGACAAAAUCAAAGAGAAGCCCGAUCCGAACUCCAGGACUGGCGUCGAUUUCGAUCACAAGCAGCCCGCCGAACGUGAGAAACAAGUGAAAAUACUCGUACCAAACUCAACAGCCGGUAUGAUCAUUGGCAAAGGAGGCAGCUACAUCAAACAGAUAAAAGAAGAUAGUAAUGUUUAUAUCCAAUUGUCACAGAAAAGUCGUGACCAUGCUCUAGCCGAACGCUCGAUUACGAUAAUAGGAGAAUUGGAACCCACCAGAAAAGCUGUUGAUCUCGUGUUGGCUAAAAUCGUCGAAGACCCACAAAGUGGUUCCUGCCUCAACGUAUCGUACGCCGACGCCCAGGGUCCAGUAGCCAAUUUCAAUCCUACUGGUUCCCCGUACGCUAACCCUACGAAUUUGCAACACAGUCCUCCAGGCGGUGUCAACAACACCGGUUACAAUUCAAACGGUUCGGGAGGAUCUUCGUUAAGUCCUACCACUCAGAUGCAGCAGCACUAUGCUGCCGUGGCGAGCGGCUUGCAAAACGUCAGUGUCCCCCAAAGCGUGCUGGGCUGUCAGAACGUUGAAAGUCUCAAGAUGUUACUUCGACAGAACGGAUUCCAGGAACAAGCCACUUCGGAGAUCCUCGGAGCAUUUGCCGUGCUAGCCAAUCACGGUCUUUUGGGGCCAAACAUGUCGGGCCAGUUGGUGAAUGGACCUACAGUUAAUAUGGCGGCAGUCCAGCAUUCACUCUACUCGUCGGAAUCUAUGUCCGUGUUUGGUCCUGUUGGCAGCCUAUCGGGAUUCACUUCUCCUGCACCGGGCCGCGCGUUAGAAGGUGCUGCUAGUGUGGUUUUCGAUCCUUUUCGUAGGGUUGCAUCUUCUCCCAUGACGACCCCACCUCCCGGUUCAACCUCAACCUCUGCAUCUCAGCAGCAGGCGUCGCACGCACAGCAACAACAGCAUCAACAACAACAGCAGCAACAGCAGCAGCAACAACACCAGCAGCAACAGCAACAAAUCAUCAACAACAAUUCUUUCGGGCUGGGCACCGCCGGAGGUGCCACAGGCGCCACGACCCCUCUCGGAGGACCUCUGAGGAACUCUCCUGCCCCGGGCGGGGAGCUCGGCUCGAAAAACGUCGAGGCCAUUCAGAAAGAUGUCGAAGUCGGUGAGAACAUUGUCGGGGCUAUCCUCGGUCCCGGCGGGAAGCACCUCGUUGAAAUCCAGCGUUUUUCCGGCGCUUCCAUUCAGAUCUCGAAAAAGGGUAUCUUCGCACCGGGUACUCGAAACCGCAUUGUGUCCAUUACGGGUUGCCCAAACGCUGUAGCUACCGCUCAUUACCUCAUCCAGCAACACGUCGCCGAGGAAGAAGCAAAAAGAUCGCAGCAGAACAUUUUGCCCGUACUGCAUUAGAAACUAGUGAAGAA